GUUAUGAAACAAAUGGCGACUGAACGUCGCAUUCAAUUGAUUUGUCUGUGGGAUUCUAAUUUUGCAGGAAUGGGCCAUGAAUGUUUCCAGCGACAACAAUAGCGACCCAGUGGCCAAUGUUACGGACCACGGGGCCAAUUUUGACAACGGUGGACGCGCAGACGUUAUACUUUUUAUUUUUGCCAGUUGUGCACUUGGAGCACUUGUUCGUCAGAUUAUACGGAGCAUAAAGAUUGCUCUUCCAUACACCGUGGUGCUGUUACUGUUGGGCAUGUUGUUUGGCCUUGUGUCCAAAAAGGUUCCCGUUUUGCAACGCUAUGUGGCCAUUGUGGAUACAAACCCCCAUGUCAUUCUCUUCGUCUUUCUGCCUGUGCUUAUCUUUGAGUCGGCCUUCGCCAUGGAGGUGCACACAUUCAAGAAAUGUUUCUUCCAAGUGCUGCUGUUGGCAGUGCCAGGGCUUGCCCUGAUGGCCCUGUUGACCUGCAUCUUGGCGCUGUACCUAUUCACCUACGGCUGGGACUGGAACAUCGGAAUGAUGUUUGGCUCCAUCCUCAGCGCAACAGACCCUAUCGCAGUCGUAGCCAUUCUCCGAGACAUUGGUGCCUCCAAGAAGCUGGCCAUGGUGACCGAAGGGGAGUCUCUUCUGAAUGAUGGCGCUGCCAUCGUCCUUUUCAAAGUAUUCCUCAACCUGGCUACAUCAACCACACCUAGUAACGGUGGGCAGAUAGUCCUGUCCUUUCUGCAAGUGGCACUGGGAGGUCCAGCGUUCGGCUUACUCAUGGCCAAACUCACCCUGUUCUGGCUGUCUCGGAUCUUCAAUGAUGCUCUGGCCGAGAUCACCAUUACACUUGCAGCAACCUACAUCACAUUCUACGUUGGUGAGGAGUUCCUCGGUGUGUCUGGAGUUUUGGCUGUAGUGGUGUUGGGAGUUGUGAUGAGCAGCAAGAGAACCAGUAUCAGCCCCGAGGUGGAAACUUUCUUACAUCGGUUCUGGGAGACUCUGGCCUAUUUGGCCAACACUCUGAUCUUCAUCCUGGUGGGUGUGAUCAUCUCGGAGAAGGUCAUCUACAAGAUACACGGCACUGACUGGUUCUUCAUGUUCGCUCUCUACUUCGGCCUCAACGUCAUCAGAGGUCUGGUGAUAGGUCUGAUGUGUCCUCUACUGCAACACAUUGGUUACGGGAUGACAUGGCAGGACGGGCUGGUGUUGACGUGGAGCGGUCUGCGAGGGGCAAUAGGACUCACCCUAGCUCUGCUGGUGUGGGAGGACCCUAGGUUGAAUCAAGACACAGUCAGGCACAAGGUGCUGAUCCAUGUGGCUGGGGUUGUGUUUCUGACGCUGCUCAUCAACGCUACGACCAUCCACCCUCUCCUCCGCCUCCUGGGCAUGAGUGACGUGUCGGCAGCCAAAAGGAUGGCCAUGGCGAGUGCUCUGCGCUUUAUACAGGACCUCAGACAGAAGACACUGAACAUGCUGAAAACUGACAGGUUUCUGGCGGACGCUGACUGGGAGAUGGUGGAGAAGGCGUGUGAGAUCGAGGACCCUUACAAAACAACAAGGGAGGAGGCUGACCUUGACGAGUCCCUGCUGGAGAUCCGCCCCAACUCGGUGUGUCCGGAGUGUGAGUGCUCCCUGCCCAGUCAACCCACACAGAAGGAGCUUCGUGACAUGACCAACGAGGCAAUACUCAGAAUGUUAAAAGCAGAAAAGCUGAGCUACUGGAGGCAGUUUGAGCAGGGCAUGCUGUCUCGGGAGGCGGUGCAGAAGUUGCAGGAGUGUGCGGAGUGUGCCGCCGAUGGGAAGGGGAUGUUCAUUGACGUGGAUGAGGUGAAGAAGUCGUGGGAAGUACCGUCCCUUCUCAUCCGAGUUAAACGUAAACUGAAGGAGGUGAUCCGCAAGCGCCCAGUAAACAUCCGAGGCGACGUUCCCCACACGCAGGUGCUCCACCAGAUUACCACACACUGGGUGUUCAACGUAGUCAUCUACGUCCUCAUCGGCUUCGACACCAUCAGCUCCACGCUUGCCAUCGUGGCUGAAUACGUCCUCAUCUUCGCAGAUUACAAGAUUAUUCUACAGCUUCUUAAUGUAUUCUUGGUCCUUGUGUACAUUACUGAGGUCAUAUUGAAGCUGAUACCACAGGGGAGAUCCUUCCUCAGCAUCAUCUGGCAGGUGCUCAGUCUCUUCAUCAUCGGCCAUGGUAUCAUCGAUGCCAUCCUGCAGUUUUCCCUAGCAUCACUGGACACGGGCCACAACAAGCCCGUGCGGAAUACACUGGUUGUCUUCAUCAUCCUCCGGGCUGUCAGGCUGCUGCGACUUGUAGAGCCGCUGCUGCCUUUGCUUCUGAUGAUGGUCAAGACGAGGAUCAGCUUGCAUCUGAGCUAUGGCUAUGACCUGGGACGGGGGUUCGUGGCGGGGGAGGACGAGGUCCGGAAGCUGAUAGACCACAUGGUAGACAGCAAGGACAUCGCCAAGCAGCUGAAGGGACAUGUGGAUGACUGCAGGCUGGAGGUCAUCAGGUGUCUCGGGCAUCUGCAAAAGCAGCACCCAGACAUAGCGCUGUCGGCCAAGACACGGCAGGCUAUCCGCAGCGUCCUCAACAACCUGCGUGACGGCAUCCAUGAGCUGUGGGAGGACGGCAUCCUGCAGGAAGCAGAGGGGGAGAAACUCAAGAAGAUGGUGGAGAUAAAGAUGAAGCGCCUGCUGAAUGCCCCGCCCACCAUCCCGCUCCCUGAACCCGAGAAGAUGCUCAACAACGUCACCUGGAUGCAUAACGAUGAGAAACUCAUCGACUAUAUGAAGAGUCGAGCCAAGCUGGUGUCCUAUGAUUAUGGUGACAUCAUCUUGAAGCAGGGAGACGCCACCAGUGGCAUCUUCAUCAUUGUGUCGGGAAUGGUCAGGCUGGAGACCAGCAUCAAGCAGAAGGCCACAUCUUCACACAAGAUACACCCCCUUUCUGAGACGAAGAUCAUAGACUUCAUGACCACCGGCAACAUCAUCGGAGAGAUGGGCCUCCUGACACAGAGACAGAGAGUGGCAACAGUCCGAUGUGACACAGCUGUGCAGCUCCUGUUUAUCAGCUCGGAGGACAUGGAACAGGGGAUUAUAGAGUUUGCCGACUCCGAGCCGUCGCUGGAGUACCGUCUGUGGAAGGUCUGUGCAAUCCGUCUUGCUACCGGUGUUCUCAUGGACCAGCCCGGGUAUCAGGGUCUGACGAAGGAGAAGAUCAAACUGAGACUGGAGAACGCAUACCUGACCGACAUCCGAGACGGCAUCACCUUCUCCAUCGACUCCUCCAUGGCUGAUGUGGUGCUCAUCAAUGGCUUCGCGCAGAACGCCUACACGCGGGAGCAGUUCGUGGGGCCAUGCUACAUCCCCUGGACAGUGCUCAAGCUCAACUUACAGCCGGAGAAAGGUCCGUCUCCCAUUGUCCUGGUGGUACCAAGUGAGCUUGGCCAAGUCGCCCCAGUAGCAGAGCGGCGCCUGUCAGCGCACGACAUCCGCAGCGAACAUGGGGCUUACCUUUCGUCCCUCUCCCGCCUCUGUCUGAGACACGCCUCCAUCCAGCGCAACGUCAUGGAAAUGGAUAAAAAGGGUCCUCUUGGUCACAGACACAGCGUGACGCACUUCCUGUCCCGACGGUUAUCACGUGACUCAAGCAAGGGAGACAACCGCGUCAAUGGGCUGGCUAAUGGUUAUAGUCAAGGCGAGACUCCAUGCAGAUCAAUGCUCGGGAAACGAAUGUCGACGCCCGCAUGUAUUGAAACCCACCAGAGGAAAGCCCUCCUGAACAUCUCCAGCACGUCCAUGCCGCUGCCAGACUCCAGCCAAGACUACCUCAGUGAAGACGAUUCCAUAAGUCUCCCCGGCUCCGCCGAGUCCAUCACAAAUGAAGACACCUCCACACCCAACAUCGGUCGGAGACGCGGUUCCAGUGGAGUUAUUAUUACCGAUAUCCUCCAUGGGGGGCACCAUCUCCCCCUUGGCCCUCGGAGGAGUUCAGACAUCGACCCCAAUGACACCUCCGGCUUCGGGCAGCAUAGGAGCUCGGAUAUUCUUCAUGACCACCGUCUGAGUCCCCUUCCCACAACCAUGGAAGAAAAUGAAUCCGAUGUGAGUGACACAUGUUCAGUUGAGAGGCCUGUGGAUACAGAGGAGAGACCACUGCGGGCACUUGGAGGCGGAAGUGGCUCUCAUUUUGAACAGUGUGAUGCCUCAGUAUCGAUUGAUGUCUCGGAUGAUGUGUUCGAGGAGACGGUGGAGGACGAUAUUCCUCGCAUGCAGAAUGGUCCUGUGAUGGAUAACGGAUCUUUGAAGAGGAAUGGUCCUGUGAGAAAGAAUGGAAUUGUAAAGCAGAACGGAUCCGUGAAGAAGGUUGAUGUGGCUGUUGGGUAUGGUGUUGGCUCCAGUCAGCUGAUGGAGCUAGAUGGUGAAGCCUCCAGUCAACCGUUGGAGCCAGUCCAGAGCUCCACUGGAGUUGAAAUCAUUGUGCAUCAGCUAGAUCUACCACACACAGAGGAAACGAACCUGUAGGAAGGAGAUAUUUGUCGAAACUGUAAAAGAGGUCAGGCAGCAUGACUUUUUCAUCAAGACUUGGUCAAAAUUAAUAUGCUGGAUACAUACUUUGAUACUAAUUACACACUAGAGGAUGACUAGCUAGUACAAGGUGCACUGUAAAUACUUGCAAUGCUUGGCCUUUUUGAGGAAUCUGAAACAUGUAUUCAUCAUGAAAAAUAACCUCCAUUCAUUGUUUGUUUUCAUAUAUUCUGAUCUUCCAUGGAUUAUUCAGAAAUGUCUUUAUGUGACAUUGACCUGGUUUUGACAGACGUUACCUAUACCUGAUGUAAAAUUGGUACAAGAACAAUGUAGCUUCAUACGAUAUCAAGUUCUUUGAAAGGGUGCAUGCAGUGAUAGGCAACCAAACAAUGCUCACAUGUUUGUCAGAGUAGCAGAUACUACUGGUAGAGCAGGACAGGCUUACCCUUUUCAUGAACACCCUUUUCAGUGAUCCAUUCUUAGAAUUUACAUCACUUAUUUCCAUUGUACACCCUGUGGCAUCUGUUUCGGAAGAUACAAAAACAUUCUUUCAAAAAUCAGCUUUGGUUUCUGUGUUUCAAAAUAGCUGAAAAUGAAUAUUUCAAAAUAUUAAAUACAAGAUUCACUUUUAAAACAUUGCUAUUGUAUAUGGCAACAUAUAGCAUGUGUCUAGGUGUAUACAUAGGAACAGCUUUAGGAUAUAUAGGACAUAAAGGAUAUAUAUUUCCACCUCCGAGCCAAUGUUUCUGUUAUUGGUAGUGAGACAGUGUAUGAAAUGGGGACGCUACACCAGGAGGAAUCAGUUUCUUGUUUGAAUGUGUUAUUAUGCGAAUCAUGUCAACACUUCAGCUGUUUUCAUUUUCAAUCCUUUACAAAUAACGGAAAUUGUGAUACAUUUCAAGUUAAUUUGAAAAAUGUUCAUCAUUGUAAAUAUAUAUUUCUGUCCAUACGUUUCUGUCAACUUUUGCAUAUGUUUCCUGAAAAACUCUUAAGUUUUACUCAGUUUUACAUCCACUCCUGAAAUAUAGGUGUAUGCACACUCCUCAAGAAGCUCUUGUGAUUAAAGCUGCUCGUUAAUCAGAAUGGUUUACUUACAUGAUGGUAAUCCAAGUGAUGAAUUUGCUGCAGGUCUUCGAAUGGGUGUACGCAGUGCUGUGUGACAGAGCCUUGCUUGAACAUUGUUUGAGACAAAUAAUGAAUGUGAUGAUGCCAUGACAACAUUUGAAUGUAUAAUAGAAGCUGGGCUCCAGAUAGUGCCUUGAGCCAUUCAGUGUUUGCGCACAUUGGGUACUGAUGCUUUUCUUUGGGUAUUCAUCAUAUAGUAGAGCUUUUGUUUGUUGCAGGGUCAAUAAUCGUUUCAUGCCUCAAACCUUUAUCCUACAAUUAUGAUAACCAUAUUUCUUGAAAGUGCUAGAGGAGGCUUUACUUUACACCUGGAAAAAAGUCAAGCACCACCUCUGUUUUCCUCUAUCCUGAAGGUCUGGGGACAUCUUCAUACCACUGAUCUCAAUGUGUAAGAUACGCGGAUACCUGCUGAAUAGCCAGUACGAGAACACAGUUUCUCAGGAUGGUCACAUCAUAUGAUGAGGAGCACUUUUCCUCUCGAUUUGAUGAUCACGUGACAAGGACACGCAAAAAGGGAGUGUCAAGGUCACAGUCGAGUGAUCUAGGUACCCACAGUUGUGCAUCUUAUGGCAACGUCUCGAUACGUACACAAAGUCUACAUCCUCCGAUUACCAACAUAAUGGGAGUCUAGUGAUUUGGAGAUGGGUUGCAAUAUCUCUAGAUCUCUGAUAGGUGUCCUGUGUCACGUGAUUGGCAACAAUUCCAAUCCCCGGAGAUCUCGCAGACCGGAAUAGACCAUUGAAAGGGUGGGCAAAAAACAACUCCUGGGAACAGCUACAAAACGUAAACAGAUCAUUGAUUUCUGUAUUUACCAAGUGUCAAUUUUGAAGCAAAAACAAAUGUUUCAUGGGGAAAAGUAAUACAGGCUAGGAUAUUAAGACAUGACUUUUAUAUGGAAAUAUGAAGAAAGUGGUGAUUAACUUGUGUCCAGGUGUAUGGCUCGUCAGUUGAAGGCACCCACUGUUCCUCCAGGGUCGCUAGCUUGUAGUGUGCACGUGUAACCAUUGUUACUUCUAUACAGUUACCUGAUAUUGUUGUCCUUGUUUAGUAUCUGCCGGUCAGUUGUAUAUAACUGUUAGCCUAUAAAUACUUGUACACUAUUUAUGCAUCUUUGUUUGCAAUAAACCACUUUUGUAUUUA